AUGAUCGUAACAACCGGCGAGAAGGCAGACGCAGUGAUGCCUACAGAAAGUUAUGGCACAUGUCCCUCUUGUCAACAGCAGAGCACGUACUACUUCUGGUGUGCUUCGUGCGAAUACCGUAAAUACCAGGACGAGACUCCUGGCUGGACGAGCGGAAACAAAGUUGUCGAUGUGGUCAUUAAAGACGUUCAACGCAAUGCUCCAUCAAUCUUUUCGUUUUUGGAAUGGAUUCCACAUAACAAGCUAAGAAAAAUCAAACCUAUUCGAUCUGGUGGACAUGGCACUGUCUACUCUGCAAUUUGGGAGGAUGGCCCGAGAGACGGUCCCCCAUCUUUUAGUGAAGAAUCACGAAAAUUUAAAGGGCUCCCGCAAUGGUUGCGACGGUCAUCCGCAAAGGUUGUCCUCAAAGUCAUUAGCAAGUCUCAAAAAGUAUCGACAGAUUACUUUGAUGAGCUACGUCUUUUCUGUCGAUGUGCACCAGAUUGCGAAUCGUUUGAUAACUUUACUCUGCCUCAUGUUUUGCGGAUUUAUGGUUUAUCUAUAGAACCAAGCACGAAAGAGAUAAUAGUGGUAAUGCAGUAUGCCGAUCAAGGCGAUCUAUAUCAUUCAAUGUCACGAACAAAGAUGUGGCCAGGUGAUAUUCUCGCUUUGAAAAACAUUGCUCAAGGCUUGUCUGUCAUACAUCGUGCCAAUAUCUUGCACCGUAAUCUUCAUGGUGGUAAUAUUCUUCAACAUGGGAAAUGUUUGUAUGUCGGCGAUGCUGGUUUUCAUCGACACUCCGAGUGUUCGCGUAAAUCAAGUAAAGGCGUCUACGGCAUCAUGCCGUACGUUGCGCCUGAGGUUUUGCGAGGAGAGGGAUAUACUAAGAAGGCGGAUAUCUACAGCUUUGGAAUUAUUAUGUGGGAAAUUCUAAGUUGCCAACGACCAUUUGCCGAUCGUGCACAUGAUGCAGCUUUACAAGCCGACAUCUGUAAAGGAGCACGACCUCCUAUAACUGAUAAAAUUUGUAAAAAAUGUGCCGAGUUGAUACAAAAGUGUUGGGACCCUGAUCCGGCCAAACGUCCUCUUGCGGAUGAAGUAUUGAAUAAUUUAAUUUCACUAUCUGUGAUGAUGUCGCCGCACUUUCUACCAAAAGGUCUAGAAAAACCCGCGCCAGCUUCUGGAACUCGUUAUAAAAGCCGAUUCAUAACUUACCUUCAUUCACCUGAUUCUCUCAAAAGAAAGGCAGAUGAAAAUUUGCAAGUUAGGCGGCCUCCCACGGUGCCACUGCCAUCGCUUCCAUCGAACGUAGAAACAAAUGACGAUCUUUUGGCAGCUCGAACAUUCGUUGCUAAGAAAAUUAAAGAAAUACGUAAAUAUAAAAAAUUGCGGUCAGGAGAAAAGCGGGAUUGGAAUGAUCAGGAUUUUCGAAUGUAA